AUGAUGGUGGCAAAGGAUAAUAAUAAUCACCAAGGGUAUCAUGGUAAUUUCGCAAAGCAAUUUCACAAGGGUAAAUGGUUCAUGGUGUUUGGUUCAUCAUUGAUAUUAUCAUGUGCUGGUGCCUCUUACAUGUUUGGUAUGUAUUCAAAGGAUCUUAAGGCAAUAUUAGGAUAUGACCAAACUACCCUCAACACAAUAGGUUUCUUCAAGAACCUAGGUGCAAACAGUGGCAUAAUCUCAGGGCUAAUUGCUGAAAUUACACCAACAUGGAUGAUUCUUCUCAUUGGAGCUGUCACAAACUUUGUUGGUUACUUCAUGGUUUGGCUCUCAAUAACACAGAAGAUUCCAAAGCCUGAGGUUUGGCAAAUGUGUCUCUACUUUGUGAUUGGAACACAUUCUCAGAAUUUUGCAGCAACAUCAGUGAUGAUCUCAUGUGUCAACACAUUCCCUCUCAACAGAGGAAUUGUUGUUGGAUUCUUGCAGAGUUUUGUUGGUUUGAGUGCAGCUAUAAUCUCACAAUUCCAUAAGACUAUUAUUGCUUCUUGUUCAGUUCAUUAUUAUUAUCAAGAUACAAGGUCUAUUGUUCUUGUUCUUGCUGUUUUUCCAGCUAUUGUGUCAAUUCUCUUUGCAUUCACAAUUAGAGGCUUUGAGCCUUCAACACAAUUCAAUGACACUAGACCCUUUUUUCAUUUCUUUUACAUAGCCACUGCUCUUGCAACUUUCAUCUUGGGUAUCACCAUUACUCACUUGUUUGAAUGUCAUCUUUCAAAGUUUGCAUAUCAUUUGAUUGCAUUUCUAAUGUUUCUGUUCUUGCUUGUCCUGCCUCUCUUUGUUGCCAUAAGAGAGGAUCUGUUCUUAUGGAAACUCUCUGAGGCUGAGAGUGAGAAUCUCAAUGUCAUCAUUGAGAAUCAAGAGAAUGAUAAUAAUAACAAUAAGGCAGAGCCAACAACAUCAACAUCAACAUCAACAACAAUGUAUUCUUGUUUUAAAAGCAUAUUGAAUAAGCCUGAAAGAGGAGAAGAUCACACAAUAUUACAAGCAAUUUUAAGUGUUGACAUGUUUCUGAUAUUCUUUGUUUCAAUAUGUGGGCUUGGUGCUAAUUUGGCAGCAAUUGACAACCUUGGACAGAUUGGUGAAUCUUUAGGGUACUCAAAGGUUAAAACUCAGUAUUUUGUAUCUCUAGUAAGUGUUUGGAACUUCUUUGGGAGAGUUUUUUCUGGUUUUGCAUCUGAGGCAUUGUUAGGACUAUACAAGUUACCUAGGCCAUGGUUGGUAACAAUUUCUCUAUUCAUCUCAGUGAUUGGUCAUGUUGCAGUUGUGCUUAGCAAUGACAGUGGACUAUACAUAGCAAGCUGCAUAAUUGGAUUCUGCUUUGGUGCUCAAAUUCCAUUGAUUUCUUCCACAAUUUCUGAGAUUUUUGGCCUAAAACACUAUGGUGCAUUGCUGAAUUAUUGGCACCUAGGGAGCCCUAUAGGUUCUUAUUUGAUGAAUGUGUUGGUUGGUGGGACCUUAUAUGAUGCAGAGGCUAAGAACCAACUUAAGAAAAUUGAUCAUAGUUUUAGUUUGAAUGAGGAGUUGGGAGAAUUAGUAUGCUUUGGAAUAGAUUGUUAUAAUUUUACUUUUGUCAUUUUUGCCACUAUUAUACUCUUAGGUGCCUUUGCUUCUCUUGUUUUGGUGAAGAGAACAAGUGAAUUCUAUAAGGGUGAUAUAUACAAGAAGUUUAGAGAGAAUCAUAAACAACAACAUAUUGUAUGGUUGUAG